AUGGCCGCAUCUAUUCUGGAGGUAGGGAAUGCAAUUGAAGACGCACGCUAUGGUUCCAGUCCUCUGGCUAUGUUAACGGCUACCUGCAACAAGUUUGGCAGCACAAGCCCCCACAGAGAUUCGGCUACACCCGGUAAGAUCGGCAGCGCUAUUCCUGUAAAGAAACCCUACAACAUGACCUCUGACCUUCAGACAGCUAAGAACGGACGCACCGCAGACGGCAAUGGCCUGGCGGACUCCUACACUGGCUCCUUCACCACAGCUGGAGGAGGAGGAGGAGGAGGAGGAGGAGGUGGCGGGCUGCUCACCCCCAACGGAAGCCCCCCUCCUUCAGCCGGAGGCUACACUACAGAAUAUAACCCUUUCUCCCACUCCUUCCAAACGUCCAUGUCCCAGGACCCAUCUCUUCUAGUGUCCAAGGCCCACGCUACGGCCGACUGCCUCACCAGUGUCUACACCUCGCUAGAUAUGACACACCCCUACGGCUCCUGGUACAAAGCCGGCAUCCACCCCGGCAUCACGGCUGCUCCGGCUAACGCCACGUCCUCCUGGUGGGACGUCCACCCCAACUCCAACUGGCUGUCGUCAUCCCAGCCCCAGGCGGACGGAGGCCUCCAGGCCUCCCUGCAGCCCGUAACCCAACAGGCCUCCCUCAGCCCGCAGUUGUCCAGCUACGGCACCGACUUUACACAACUCAACCCGGCUCCUUACCCCUCCGUGGGGCUGGGCUCCUCCUCACACCUCCUCCAGCCCUCCCAGCACAUGCUGCCCCAGGACAUGUACAAGCCGAAGCCCGUGCAGAGUGCGGGGCUGAUUGAGAGCCCCAUGGGCUUGAAGCCCGCCCGGGGAUCGGGGGGCUACAGUGGAGGGGGCGCGCCCACUAGGUCCUCGUGCGACUGCCCCAACUGCCAGGAGCUGGAGAGGCUGGGGGCGUCGGCCGCGUCCCUGAGGAAGAAGCCGGUCCACAGCUGCCACAUCCCAGGCUGCGGGAAGGUCUACGGCAAGGCCUCCCACCUCAAAGCCCACCUGCGCUGGCACACCGGCGAGCGACCCUUUGUCUGCAACUGGCUGUUCUGCGGGAAGCGCUUCACCCGCUCGGACGAACUGGAGAGGCACGUGCGCACCCACACGCGGGAGAAGAAGUUCACCUGCCUGCUGUGCAACAAGCGCUUCACGCGCAGCGACCACCUCUCCAAGCACCAGAAGACCCACGCGGAUUCUGCGAUGCAGGGCAAAGCCGUGGCGGUGGAGGGGGAGACGGAUCCGCGGAGCGAGGAGACCGCGGAGCUGAACGCCAACGCUGUGAGCACCAAUCCUGCCGCUGACCAAAUCACCAAUGGGGACGACAAAACGGGCACACCAAAUGGCGUGGAGAACAGCAGUGGACUGUUGGAGAUCUGACUUCAUUAAGUUUUCUAUCUAGUACCGUUUGAGGCAUGAGGUUUUUUUUAUUUUAUUUUUUAUGGUGGAAUAAUUCCCCUUUUUUUGGUUUCAAGACAUCAAAUCAUGUUUGAAAUGACUUGAUGAGUGAGCAUGUUGCAGCUAGCAUCGUUUUCAUCUGGUCCAAAUACAGAAAUAUGAGCAAGCCAGCUAACGCAAACCAAUGCACAAAUGUACACACACAGACACAUAUGAAAAACCAAGCCGUGGUGUACAUGAAAAUGAAUACAACACGCACAUGUGCAAAUACUAAAGCACAGAUAUACAUGUGCAAAUGUGCAAGAAUAUAUAAUGCAUAUACACGCACACACAUACAAAUAAACACAGUCACGCACACAUUUUCUGCCUCUAAAAUGAGGCCGACCACUGGGGAAAUGUAAUACGCGAAAGCAGAAGGAAAAGAACUCCGAAGCCACAAAAGCAAAGUAGUUUUAAAAUGAGACUUAUGGUUAGGAUGAUGGAGUUGAAGGAACAUUGCAUGACUGGAGAGAAAUCUGAUUUACAGCUGUACUUUGAUACUUAUGCAUUAUUCCUGAAACAAUCAAAGCACAGUCUUUUUUACUGCUUCUUGUUGCCAAAGACAUUUUGAUUUAAAGGGUUUUGCAUUUUACUUUUUCUGUUUGCUUCUGACGAUGUCUAAUUUAAUUUCACAUUUACAUAAAUAAUCUAAUUUAUGUCUUAAAUUAUACACAUGGGAGAUCAUCUUGCGUCCUGCAGGAAAAAAUAAUGCCUGAAUAAACGCAAAGAUGGUAAUAGGUGGCCAAUAAGAAAAUAAAAUGCAUUAAAUUAAAACAUUUUUCUUAUUUAUUAGUUAUAACGUGGAGUUUUGGCUACGUAUGUUUUUAAAGAUGUAUUUAUAGAUCUUGAAGUUAGAUGUACGUGUAAACUAUUUCUAUAUAACCUUUUAAUUGUGAAAUCUUCCACACCUGGCAAAGAAAUGAUUAACAAGGGCUUCUCCUUGUUUUUACAUACUAUAUAUUUACAACAAUAUAUAGAUAUUGUAGGGUGUGUUAUUUUUCUACUUUUUUUAAUCUAUUUUCUAUAUUUUAUGUAGCUUUCCAGAAUGAAAAAGAUCACUAUGUUGCAUCAGUAUAAAAAGAAACAUAAGAGCAUGAAUUGUUGUUGAUAGUUUUGCUCAUAAAAUUAAACUACCACUGUUUGCUGACUUGUUGUGAAAUGAGUGUAUGAGAUACUGUAAAGCAUUACGCCUCAUACAGGUUGAUAUUUUGUAAAAGUUGUGGUGUGAAAUCAUGACAAUGUAAAGUAAAGACAUUUCA